AUGGUAGACGGAAUGACACUUGAUGGUCCACCUCAAGGUGUGAUUAACGUAAUCCAUGGGAUCAUCGAGCCUAACCAAGUUUGUCAGCUUAGGGAAAUGAUAAAGAAGGCCGAGCACAUGAAAGAGGUAUUCAGUGUUCAACCAACGUUCAAGAAGGGGAAGACAAAGGCUAGGAAUGUGAUUUCAUUGACUAACAAAGAUUUAAUAGGGUUGCAGAACCCCCAUAACGAUGUGCUAGUGGUUACUUUGGUCUUUAAGAAUUUUGACAUUAAGAGGAUUUUGAUCGACCAGGGCGGCUUAUGCGAGAUCAGAUAUUACGACACUUUUAACCUGUUGAAGUUAGAUAAAGGAGACUUAGUUCCGGCCAUGACUCCUUUGGUGGGCUUUAACUCUAUGACUGAAUGGCUAGUUGACAAGAUCAAUCUGCCAGUCAAAGAGGGCUCGGUGGUCAAGCAAGUAGAGUUUUGUGCUUUAAAGCUCCUUUCCACUUACCACAUUAUUCUUAGAAGAGUAUGGUUGCACGCCAUGCGAGCCAUAACAUCGACAAAGCAUUAG